UUGACAAAUCAAAAGCUCAAACCGAAAGUGAUUAUGGUUUCCGAUAGAAGCGAGCGGUUGAAGCUCAACGUCGGCGGCGAAAUCUUCGAAACCACCGCAUCGACCAUUCAAUCAACCUGCCCAGACUCACUCCUCGCUGCUCUCUCCGCCCCAACCUCCCAUGGAUCCAAUCCCGUCUUCAUCGAUCGCGACCCGGAGAUCUUCUCCGUCAUCCUCAACCUCCUCCGAACCGGACGCCUCCCAGCCAACUCCUCCGGCGCCUUCUCCAAGCAGGAGCUCCUCGACGAAGCUCUUUACUACGGCGUCGAGUCGCUCCUCCGGUCGGCGAUGCUGCCUCCGCCGCUCCAAGGCUUCGACGCUUCUCUAGUCUCCACCGUCUCUCCGGCGACCGACGGAGUCCCCUCCGCUUUCACCGCAAACGCCGGAGACGCUUCUCUGUGGAUCGCUCACGGCGGACAGAUCUCCGUCUACGAUUGGAGUCUCUCCCACGCCGUGACCGUCCGCACGCAUCUCACCGACGUCACGUCGAUCUGCCGCGUGUGGGCCGAGGCGGCGGCGAUCGGAUCUGGAUCCGCGUCGGGGCUUCACUUCUACGAUCUCUCGAGUGGUCGUUACGUAGGAUCCACGCACUGGACGGAUCCGGAGGAUCCGAGGAUCCACAAGUCGCGAGUCGCCGCCGUUGCGGAUUCUCCCGGCGGAGUGUUCGCGUCGUUCGAUUGCUUGCACAGAGAGAACAGCGUUCUCCAGAUCGAUAAAUCCACUCUCCAAGUCGCCGCCGUGAUCGGACAGCAAUCCGGAAGCUCAGCUAAAACCGCCGUACCGGAGAAGCUCCGGUGGGUGGGGGAUAACGGUCUUUUGGUCGGAUCCGCGGUCCAGCGAGGAGUGUUCGGAUGCUCCGGGUACAUCCGGAUCUGGGACCCGAGAUCCAGGACCAUCGUGUGGGAGACGAGCGAGCCAGGCUCGGGACGAAGCAGCAGGUUCGGAGACGCGUUAGCUGACGUGGACGUUGAUGGCUCGACGCUCUUCAAGGUGUGUUCCAAGUCAGGUGAUCUCGGGAUGGCAGACCUUCGUAAAUUAGGCGAAGAUCCGUGGGUUUAUGUGUCGGACGAGAAUCCUGGCGCGUGGAGUGCAGACGAGGGAGACAGAAGCGGCGGUUACAGCGUCGUGCAUUGUUAUAGGAAGCAAGUGUUGGCCGCGAGAGGUGGCGCGUUGGAGGUGUGGUCGAGUGUUGAGGGGAAAGCGAGUGGUGAUGUGAUUCGUAGAAGAAACUUUGUAGACAAGGAAGAAGACUCCAAGAGAGGGAUGAUUUCGAAAAUCGAGGCAGGAGGUGAUAGGUUGUUUGUUUCUAGGGAAUAUGUGGAAGGUGUUGAGGUCUGGGAGAGUUCUAACUCCUCGAGUAUGAUAGAACUGUGAUCAAGCGGCUAUGUUUUCAGGAAGAUGUUUUGUUUCUUUGGAGAACAUUUGAACAUAUUGUAAUGAAGAACUGCCAGAUUCAGACUUCACUGUUGUUGUAACAUUCACCGGCUAUCUCUUCUGUUGUAAAUAGAUUCAUAGAGGUUUAUCUUUGCAAA